GUGCCGUAAGAUUCGAUGUGAUGGGAAAUCUUAAAAAAAAAUAGUUUUUGGGUGAACUAAAUAAGAUCUACAUGUAUGUAUAAAGGGCCUCCGAUUUUUGUUUCACCCGGGCCUCCAAAUACUCACACUGCUCGUAUCCGUAUCCGUGAAGUCUAAAUUGGUCACUCGUAUCCGUAUCUGUGAAGUCUAAAUUUUAUCUGUUCGGUUACCCGUAUUCACACGCGGGUAGGAAAAUGCUUCCAUACCCGCAUCUGUGAGUAACUUCUACCUGACGGGUAAUUCACAUCCAAUAGUAUGCUCGAGAAUUAUAUAUAAAUAUUAGACAUUCACAUACAAAAAUAAAUCAUUCUAAGCUAAAAUAUCAGACAUUCACACACACACACACACACAAGUUACAAACUAAUAUUCAUAUAAUAACAUCAAAUUCACAUAUAUACUAGGAGAGCUUAGUUGGAUUUAGACUAAAUUCAUGGGCUAUAUAGGCUAAAAUGAUAAGUGUGGCUAGUUAUUUUGAUGGAUAUUUUUACCCGCGGCUAGGCAGUAUGGGUAAUAUAUACCCACAUCUGUACCCACCAUACCCGAUGGGUAUAAGAUUUUAUCCAAUAACGUACUCACAGGUAAAAAAUUCAUCCUAUACUCACCUUUUUAUCGGGUAAAACCCGUCGGGUACUCGGAUUUCUGGUACCGGUUGCCAUCUUGAGACAUGGGAGUGAGACAAACUAAGGUCUUGUUUGGCACAAUUUAGCUUUAUUGGUAAAGUUUUUUUUAGAAAAUAACUUUGUAAGCAACUUUCUAGGUAAACCUGAGUUUUUUUUUAAAAAAAAGUUAUUUGGUAAAACAGUUUCAUGUAUGGAUGAAAGAAAUAGGGGAGGGAGCUAGGAUAAACUAUUUUAUUCAGCUUCGUCCCAACUCAUAUCUUUGUGAGAGAAGAAGAAAAAUAUCUUUACCUAUGAAACUAUUUUGAAAAAAAUAUUUAGUAAAAAAAAAUCUCACAAUAGCUCAUGAAGGUACGGUGAACUAUGUCAAACAGGUCCUAAUAGGUGAGAGGGGGAGACGGGUACCAUGUGUUGCUUCUAAUUUAAUAUUAUUAAAUAUAGAUGCACUAUAAAAAUAGACUACUAAUACUUUUAUUGUUCUAAAUUAUAAGUCAUUUUAACUAUUUUAACUUUUUUAAGAGUUAAAACAUCUUAAAUUUGAUAUUUUCUUUAAGAACCGAGACAACUACUUUGAUAAAGACAACAGCUAAUGUCUAGCUCUAUUUGCUUCCGGCCGCGUACUUGGUUUGCUCAAAGGGCAACGUGGACUUGUUUUGUUCGCUGAGCUUGCAGUGCAGCGAGACCUAGAACCCCACAACAUUGGCAUAAGCAAAACAUGUCCUAUCUAAGGCCAUGUUUAGGUCCCCACCUAAAAAACAUUUCACCUAUGUCAUUGAAUCUUUGAACAGCGUACAUAGAGCAUUAAAUAUAGUGAAAAAACUAAUUGUACAAUUUAGUUGUAAAUCACAAGAUGAAUCAUUUAAGCCCAAUUAGUCAAUGAUUAACCAUAAUUACAUGUGCUAAUAACGGAUUAAUUAGGCUUAAUAAAUUCAUUCCGUAGUUUCUAUGUAAUUUGUUUUUCCUAUUAGUAUCAAAAAUCUCUCCCGACAUCCUUCCAACACAUCUAGGUUUAAAAGAUUCAUCUCAUAAUUUACAACAAAACUAUGUAUUUAGUUUUGUUAUCUACAUUUAAUGUUCCGUACAUGUGUCCAAAGAUUCGAUAAGAUGGAUAAAAAAGUUUUUGGAUGGGAACUAAACAGGACCUAAGUCCAAAAGAAAAAGUUUGUGAAAUGAAACAACUAUUUUAAUAGUUCAAGGAUGAAACCCAGUGCAAAAAUGCUGCAUGCAAAAAUGAAACAACUAUUCUAAUGAUCAAACUUUUAUUCUUAUAAAUUAUAUAAGAGAAAUUAGGUCAAAAUAUGUUUUUAGAAAGCAAAGGAAGUCAAACGGCACAUUAUUUUAGGGAUAGAGGGAGUAGUAGUAUAAUGAAAAAAACUAGAUUCAGUUAUAAUUGUUAGAGGGAUAAAAAUGCUCCUGUUUGUUUCACUAAAAUUUAGCUGAUGCUUAUGCUAAAAUACUAUAAAAUAAAAUAUUGUUUAUUCGCUAAAAAAUAUGAUUUAAGUAGUGUGGUAGAAUAGGACCUCUCUUGGGCCCUUUUAGUUGUAGAAAACUUUAUAAAAUGACUAUCAUAAUACUUUGUUUGUAUUUGAUAAUUAUUAUCUAAUUGUGAACUAAUUAAGCUCAAUUACAGAUAAACUAUAUAAUUAGUUAUUUAUAUUUAUAUUUAAUGGGACAAAAAAAUUUAAAAAAAUUGUAAGAUUUUUGGAAACUAAACAGCCCCUUGUUCGCAGUCUGGACUUUGGAGUUGACUAUAGAAUCAAUAAAUGUGGCCACUCAGAAAAAAACCCCCUUGCUGAGGCAGGAUAGGGAGGCAGGCCAGCAAAGUCAACGCUCUCCGCCCGCUCGCGCCAGCUUUCCCUUUCCUUCCGCUCAUCGCCUUCCUCCCCAUCGUCAACCGCAGCAACCACCCCGGCCAGGGGCCAGCAGCCAAGAAAGCUUCCAGUUUUUCAGGCAGCAGCUCCAUCCAUCGCCUCCGGACUCCGGUCCCAUGCGCAAACGCGCGCCCCUCCCAUGUCCAUGGCGCCGCCUCUCCCGUCUGAUCCUCCUCCUCUCGGUCUCGCUGUCGGCGGCCAUCGCCGCCGCCGAUGCCCGCUCCGUGCCCGUCGAGUACCUCUACCCGACCUUCAACCUCACCUACAUCCACUCCAUCGACACUAACGGCGUCUUCCUGCACUCCCCAAGCGCCAACUUCUCCGCCGCCAUCUACAACGCCGCCGGCGCCGGAGGUGGCCUGUCGUCCUCCGACGACUCCCAGUCCCGCUUCUUCUUCUCCGUCCUGCACACCGCCUCACGGACGCCCGUCUGGACCGCCACCACCACCGGGUCAACCAUGUUCAACUCCAUCGUCCUCUCCCUCGCUCCUACCGGGAUCGCUCUCUACGACCCCUCCGCCGCCAAGCCCGACGACCCGGUCUGGUCCACGCCGCGCCUCCGCGAACCCGUCGCCGCGCUGCGCCUCCUCGACACCGGGGAGCUCGCGCUCAUCGACAGCCGAAACACCACGCUCUGGUCCGCCUUCGACCGCCCCACCGACACGCUGCUGCCGGGACAGCCGCUCCUCCUCGGGAGCGGGAGCCCGCUCACGUCCUCCGCGUCCGACCGCGACCUCUCCCCCGGCGCCUACCGCCUUGUCCUCACAUCCAACGACGCGCUCCUCCAGUGGGCCACCAACGCCUCCUCCUCCGCCGCCGCCUUCCUCACCUACUGGUCCAUGUCCUCCGACCCCGCCGCCUUGCAAGACUCCAACCAAGCCGUCGCUUCCAUGGCCGUCAACUCCUCCGGCCUCUACCUCUUCGCCGCCAACGGCAGGGACACCGUCUACAGGCUCCUCUUCCCUUCGCCGCCGGCGUCAAAGUCCGAGUCGCGCAUCCUCAAGCUCUAUCCUUCCGGCCGCCUGCGCGCGGUCGCCCUCACUGCCGCCGCCACCGUCCCCACCGUCUGGGCCGCGCCGGCCAACGACUGCGACCUUCCGCUGCCGUGCCCGUCCCUCAGCCUCUGCACACCGGACGCCAACGGGUCCACCUGCACCUGCCCGGACGCCUUCAGCACCUACUCCAACGGCGGCUGCGAGCCGGCCGACGGCUCCGCGCUGCCAGCCAUCGCCGACACCUGCGCCAAACAAGAGGCAACGACGACGCGCUACAGCUACGUCAGCCUCGGCGCCGGGAUCGGCUACCUGCCCACCAAGUUCGCGGUAGCCGAUACCUCCGGAGACGAGCUCCCGGCGUGCCGCGACCUCUGCUCCGCCAACUGCUCCUGCCUCGGCUUCUUCUACAAGAACACCUCCAGGUCCUGCUUCCUCCUGCGCAACCAGAUCGGCUCCGUCUUCCGCGCCGGCGCCGACGUCGCCGUCGGCUUUAUCAAGACGCUCCCGUCACAGCAGCAGCAGCGCGGCAAUAAAGGCUCCUCGUCGUCCUUGAGCAUGAUAACCAUCGUGUUCGGCAUCGUGUUCCCCACCGUGGUGGUCGUGCUCAUCUCCUUGCUGCUCUACGCCAUGCUCAGGAGGCGCCGGCCGCAGCAAGUCAAGAAGAAGAGCAGCAGCAGCUGGUUCAAGCUGCCGGCGAUCCUCUCGUCGUCGCGAGCGGCGUCCUCCGCCCCUUCCGACAGCGAGGGCCUGGACGAGGACGUGCUCAUCCCCGGCCUGCCGACCCGGUUCACGUACGCCGACCUGGACGCCGCGACGGACGGCUUCAGGUGGCAGAUCGGCUCCGGCGGGUUCGGAUCCGUGUUCCGUGGCGAGCUCCCCGACCGGAGCACCGUGGCUGUGAAGCGGAUGAACGGGCUGAGCACGCAGGGCCGGCGCGAGUUCCUGACGGAGAUCGCCGUGAUCGGCAACGUCCACCACGUGAACCUGGUGAAGCUCCGCGGGUUCUGCGCCGAGGGCGCGGGGCGGCAGCUGCUGGUGUACGAGUACAUGAACCGGGGCUCCCUGGACAAGACCCUCUUCCGCACCGGCGCCGGCGCCGGCACGGUGGAGCUGUUGGAGUGGGCGGCCCGGCUGCGCGUGUGCGUGGGCGCGGCGCGCGGGCUGGCGUACCUCCACGCCGGGUGCGAUCGCAAGAUCCUGCACUGCGACGUGAAGCCGGAGAACAUCCUCCUGGACGACCACGGCGGCGUGAAGAUCGCCGACUUUGGGCUGGCGAAGCUGAUGAGCCCGGAGCAGUCGGGGCUGUUCACGACGAUGCGCGGCACGCGCGGGUACCUGGCGCCGGAGUGGCUCAUGAACGCGCCCAUCACCGACAAGGCCGACGUGUACAGCUUCGGCAUGGUGCUGCUGGAGAUCGUGCGCGGGAGGAAGAACUCCAAGAAGCAGGGGGAGGAGGAGCAUCACGGGUCCAGCGCGUCGUCGUCGUCGGACCGGGACGACACCAGCGGCGGCGGCGGCUACUUCCCGGCGCUGGCGCUGGAGCUGCACGAGCAGGGGCGGUACGACGAUCUGGUGGACCCGACGCUGGAGGGGCGCGCGGACGUGGCGCAGGUGGAGCGUGUGGUCCGGGUGGCGCUCUGCUGCCUCCACGAGGACGCGGCGCUGCGGCCCAGCAUGACGGUGGUGUCCGCCAUGCUCGACGGCAGCAUGGAGCCUGGCGAGCCCCGGCCGGAGCUCCUCCGCUACCUCAGGGUGUACGGCCGCGGGCUGGUGGACCUACGGCCCGCCGCGGCCGGGUGGAUGGACCAAGGGAAGCCCAACGACGCCGGCGGCCGCGUCAGCAGCAGCUGGUCGCCGCCGUCGUGCGUGUCGGCGCAGCAGCUCUCGGGCCCCAGAUGACGGGACUGUCACGGUCUGUCCCAUACCAACAAAUCAAAUCGUCGAUCAGUGGCGUAGCUUUUUUUUUUUUCUUUUUGGGGGAGCCAAGAUGACGACUUGAGCAGCUCUUGCUCUUCCUUCCAUUCCCUCCGUUGGGAAUCUCUAACUUAUUUUCAAAAAUCUAUUGCGAUUAAAUUGAGUUUGCCACGACAUACACUUGUGCAGCCAAACAUUUAUGAAAACAAAUCAACAUUCUAGAAGUGAUCAGCACUACCGAAGUGAUCAGCAGUUUAAUACGUACAGUAGCUAUCCCGAUCCUGAUUUCGCCACCAGUCCAAUGCUCUUUCCACCAACAAACCCCCCAAAAAAAAAAAUCCAAGAAGGGGGCCGUCCGU